AUGGCCUCGGCAAACACCCAGCUCGGCCUGAAACCACAUCAUCACGUAGUCAAAAUCGAGGGCGCCAGCGAAGACAGUGAAAACCACGGCGAAGAUCUCAUCGCCCAGCUGAAGUCCAUACCUUCCGAUAUAACAGCACUCCGGAUCGAGGAGGAAACCCCAUCAGACAAGGAAUGGGCCAUUCUCGGCUCGCACUUCACUAACAUCCAGUCUUUGGAAUUGGACAGCGGAUAUAACGAGGAACUCAAUGACAAAGAAUUGCCCCUGCAUUGGCCCCUUAAGCGGUGCAAACUUCUCAGUGCCUGCGGGGAAGUCACUCAAACUCCGCACAUACGGCAGGGCCGCGUGAGCCAUCUCAUCUUGUUGCUUACCUCCGGUCUCCGCUUCGAAGGACCCACGUCGAAAGAGUUGAGCAAAGCACAUUCCCAAGCGAUUGCCCUAGGCGAAGAGAAAGCCAAUUACAUUACUGUGAGAGAGGGCACUCCUGAGGAAAAGAAGAUCCAAAUCACAUGGAUCCCCGAGCUGGCCGGCAAAUGGAUGAAAAACAAGUAUCAGGGUAAAGAGGAGCCCCAGUUAGAAGAAGAUAACCACCCACCACCGACGAUCAACCUACGCACAUUAGAGAUUUUAGAAAACGAUGCUAUUGAGACCCUCUGCCGAAUGGCCCUCGCAUUACCUCACCUCGUCGAGAACCUGAUGACGUUAAAUAUCCGUUCAACACAUUGUUUGGACCUCCAAUCCCUGCACGAAAGUAUGAUCCAGCAGCUACUGCCAGAGCUUUCCGGAUUGGAGACGCUAGUGUUAUCCAUCGGGGAGGUUUUCACGGACGAGUCCCGUCUACCUACAUUAUACAAAUGGCUGCCGCCAAACAUAUCGACCCUCCGAUUCCGAGGCCCAGCAUCCCUGACCAAGUCCACGGAGUGGAACAACUGGGUCCAGGCCUUCACCGAGCGCGAUUUUCUCCCCAAUCUCAAGCGACUCUCAUUCGUCCUGGACCUCGAAUACGGACCAGAUGAUAGCUCCUUUGGUCGCAACAAAAAAUUGAAGGAAAUCCCCGAGCACACCCUUCACGAAGCUCGCGCAGCUUGCGAGCCCCUCUACGAAGCCGCACGAAACCGCGGGAUCGUCAUCGAACGACUCUACGACGAAUGGUCAGACGAGUGCGAGAUUCUGAGACAAGUCGACGAUCGGUGGCUAUGUUGA